AUGGAUCCUAUUACAGCACACGGGCAUUCAUCACUUCCUCCUCCUUUCCACACAUCAAGAGAUCUCCAUCUGCACCAUCAACACCAGUUCCACGCGUUGCAACAAAGCACAGAAGAUGAACAAAGCGGAAGCAGUGGAGGCCUAAACCUCGCACACAAAAGGGAGCGCGAAGAAAACAACAACAACAGUAGCGAAGGAAAAGAAGGUGGUGGCUCAGGUGAAACCGAAAUCACAAGAAGACCACGAGGAAGACCCGCGGGAUCGAAGAACAAACCGAAGCCACCCAUCAUCAUCACGCGCGACAGCGCAAACGCGCUAAAAACGCACGUGAUGGAGGUGGCUGAUGGCUGUGACAUCGUCGAGAGUGUCUCCAACUUCGCUAGACGCCGCCAAAGAGGGGUUUGCAUCAUGAGCGGCACUGGAACCGUCACCAAUGUAACUCUCAGGCAACCCGCAUCUUCCGGUGCCGUGGUCACUCUCCAUGGAAGGUUCGAGAUCUUGUCCCUCGCCGGAUCAUUCCUUCCACCGCCGGCGCCACCGGCUGCUUCCGGUUUGACCAUAUAUUUAGCCGGUGGACAAGGGCAGGUUGUAGGGGGAAGUGUUGUAGGAGCACUCAUUGCUUCGGGUCCUGUGGUUAUUAUGUCAGCUUCUUUUAGCAACGCUGCUUAUGAGAGACUCCCUUUGGAAGAUGAAGACCCUUCGGUGCCCCUUCAAGGAGGUUCUAUGGGGUCACCCGGUGCUGGUGGUGGUGCUGGUGGGGGAGUUGGUCAACAACAGCCACCUCAGCAACAGACGCAGCUUUUGGGGGAUGCCACUGCUCCUCUUUUUCAUGGUUUGAAUCCCAAUCUUCUCAAUUCUGUUCAGAUGCCGUCCGAGACAUUCUGGGCAACUGGUCGCUCUCCGUACUGA